AUGGGCAGCCUCUCUUUCGAAGAUCCCGAGCCGCUCACUGCACGCGCGGUGCAAGGGGUCGUGGAAGUAGUCGGCACGGGUAUUGUCCAAUCUGGGGUUCCAACGGAUGCCACAUCACGUACCAGCCUCGACUCUACGAGGUCGUUUCCCGGUACCGUGGAGGAUUUAGGGUGUGAUGAGUUCCUGGUCGUCGGAGAAUCAAAAGACUUGCCAUAUCCAAAUCUAAGCUCUGGCCUUGACCCGCCAUUACUAUCCCCUUCUUCCAUCAACAGCGGCGUCUUCCACGAGGGCCUGAACCGACUGCAUUCUUUCCAGGACCUCGCCAGACUCCGGCUAAAGCACGCGACCCAGAUUGAGUGCUACGAGGCGAACAUUCUCCAGAUACCAGAGACAGACAGCGAGCUUUACGACCUCCGGGACCGCCGGUGGGCCCAUCUGGAGUUCUCAGAGGACGAGGGCGGGGACGACUUAGGGGCAGACUUAAGCGGAACGGAAUCCCCUUUAUCGAGUUCACCAUCCACCACCUCGACCUUUCUCGACUGCCAACCGCCCACGGAACGCCGCCCGUUCUCGUUUGAGGCCUUCUUCGACGCCUCGCCAGAGAGCCCUGAGGGCUCUCCGACCUUGCCGCGCCGCACUCGAGAACCGCGCCACAUCACAUACCGCUCCAUGCCUCCCAAGACGAUGCCCGAGCUGUCAGGGCUCGGCGACAGCGGCGAGGGGUCGGCCUUCCUGUCCUCGACGUGGGCGUCCUCCAACGGGGGGAUCGCAGCGGCUCCUCACCACGCGCAUCAGCAGCACCACCUGAGACCCCGAUCGGCACCGAAGAACCUCGCGCGCUCGUCGAACCCUUUCACCGGAUUCUGGGGCAGGAAGCACCAGCAGCAGCAGGAUGACGUCCUUGUGGGGAAGCUGGCCGACGGCGGCCUUGACUCGGGCAGCGUUGGGAAGCGAAUCAGUGACGACGGCACGGCGGUCGAGGUCCACGAGGGCAGGACGACACCGCCGCGGUCUGCUUCCGGGACGCCCAAUGGCUUGAAGGAUGCGAAGGAGCCGGCCAACGCAUCGGAAGGCGGCGGUCCACCACCACUGACGCGCGAGGAAUUCGAGGCGCUCCCCUUGGCGAUACAGCGAAAGCUGAGCGGCGCGGGAGGCGUCGCCAUGGAGCCCCAUUUUCAGCCGCCGGAUGUUGAGGCCCUUCCAUCGCGUCAGCACGUUCAGCCAGCCCUUGUGUUUUUUUUCCUUCGCGGGCCAACAUUCCAGUGUUCCGAGGCGAGCAUUCCGGUCUUCAUUGGCUUUCCUUUCCCUGCACAACCACUCCUAUUGUUGCCCGUUAUCCCCCCUCCUAAGCAGGCAUUGGUUUCAAGGAGACGUGCACCCAAUUGGAAGUCAGCGAAGUCGCGCCGCAUGAUUGUUUAUCAACCCGUCACCUGGGCGGCCCAAUGGCACGGCAUGGAUACACAUAUGCCCUCGCAGCACAGGCAAAUGAACACGGCAUCUGCACUGAUACUACGGAACUCGGUGGAAAUAGGGCGGGAGGAGGCUAAGCACCAGGAACGCGCGGAAGAUCCCCUGACGGCGAGGCAAGGCCCCGGGUAUGGCGGUCAUUCGGCGUUUGAGGACGGGGAAGACUAG